GAUCAGUCAAACUGAUCAAAAAUGUUUUUAUUUCAAUAAAUACAUUGCUGUAAUUAUGAAAGUUAGUUUUUAUUUGCAUGAAAAUUUUUUCCCAGUUGCAUUCCAUUUGGAUACUAACCAUUUGCCAUCUACCAAAGCAUAAAUCUGUGCAUGAGUCCUGCAUAAAACAAGACUUACUGUACAUCAUUUUCAUACAUUGUUGGUCAGUAGAUGAUAUGAAAUUUUUAUGUAAUUUGAAAAGAAAGGACUAAACUUGGAAUCUUAUUUAUUCAAUAGUCAAUAUCCAUUGUUAUCCUGUUAUUUUUACUGUUAGACAUUUAUUUUUUAUUCCAUCAUGGGUUUGGCAGACUUGCAUUGGGUUUGCAGACUUACAGGGGUAUCUGAAUGAUGAGAGGCAAAGCCUGUUCGGGUGAAAUCACUCAUGAAAAUUUCUAAUGAUGUGAACCGAUUUGAAAGAUUAGUCUUCCUCGAAGUGGCAGGCUGAUAUCUUUACAGCUUGGACAUAAGGUCAUCAAUAAACCAUUAUCUUUGAAAAAGAAUGCUUUUGCUAUUCCACUUAAUUUUUUAAAUUUCAUACUGCUAUAAAUAUUCUUUCAUUAGUUGCAUUUUCCAAUCUCCAGUAUUUUACAUUCUGUUUGUUUAUGUAACUUGAUAAAAUGGAAUAUUUUUCAUUAUUGGGUAACAAGAUUAAAGAAUUAAUAUAUAAUCAUUAAAACUAAUAUAAUGUAUUUACUUAAAUAAUGUGUAUCCCAAUUUUAAGAAUUUUGAGAUAAAAAAAAUCUGUUGACAAAUAUAUGCUUAUACAGAACAAGUGUACCAUUUACUGUGCAAUUACAUGAAAAAAACUAACUAAAAUAAAGAAACAUGACAUUUAAGGGAUAAUGAGAUAAACCAUUGUUUGUGAAGGCUAGAGAAGAGAAAUAAUAGGAUUUAUCAUACAUAAGGAAAGAGAUACGUAAUAGCAACAUAUCAAGGCAAGAACAAUAAGUGAAGUUUUUAAGUUUUACUUUGAAUCUAGUGUGCCAUAAUUUUGGAAUCAAAAUUUGGACAAGCAAAGGCUGGAAACAAUCAGAAUGUUAUGAUGCAUCAUCAUCCAAUUUUUAAUCGCUUUUGGUCUCAUUAUCAUCAAUCUUGUCAUUGGUAUAAACAACAUUUACAUAUUAAGCAUUCAUUACAUCAUUGGAAUUUUGACAACAAACCAUAUAAAGAAGCAUAUUGUAAUAGAAAUUCCUGUGAUGAAUCACAAAGUUACAACUAUUGCUAUGAAAUGCAGCAGUCAGACAAAAAAGAGGACACUCAAACAACUACAGAGGAGGAAAGUUUCGAAUUUGAAGUUAGUGAAGAAUUGAUAAAAUUCUUAGAAGAAACUGAGAAGCAUCGUCAAAAUUUGAAAACUGUGAAAAACAAAUCAAAGAAAGAUAAGAAUGCUGAAAAUCAAGAUAUUACUUCUGAAAAUAAGAUCUUAAAAUCUAGACAACAAGCAAUGCAGAGAACAAAACAAAUGAAAAAAUUAUUUGGAAAAUCAGCUGCAAAGAUUCAUGGAAUGGAAACUGCAAUGCAGUUAACAUUUGAUAGAUACUGCGAUUUAAAACAGCCAAAAUUAUGGCCAAAUAUUCCCUUAAGUUUAUGAAUUUUGAUGUUUUUAUGGUAAUAUUUUUAAUCCUUAAAAUUAAAAACAAUUACAUUUUAUAAAAACAAAUUAUUUUUAUGUAAUUAUUCUCUUUGUAAAUUUUACUGGUUUUAAAAAAUAUUAUGAAUUUCAUCAAUUUCAUACAUAGAUGAAAUUGAUGAAAUUCAAUUGAUGAAAUUGGUCCUUAUGAGUAUUGUUUCACUAAAAGUGUCUUCCAAUAUAAAGGACACUAGAGUCCUUUCAAUAUUGUAAUAAAUAGCUUUUCAUGUUUGGUCAUUAUUUCUAAAAUUGUUUUUAAUUAUGAUAAGCAUGAUUUAUAAUUAUUUAAUGGUUCUAACCAAAAAUUCAAUUAA